CCAUCCAAGCAAUACGAGUCUUUAAUGUACAGUUUGGAGAGGAUCAGAGCCAGACACCUGAAGAAAAACAAGCUAGUUCAAUAUGUCGAUUAGGAAGAAACCUCCUAUGCCCACGGCCCAGGAAGCCACAUUGGAAGAUGAAGUAUAUUCGUACAUACAGCAGUCACCACUUACAUCUGAAUUUAGACUUCAGAACCCAAACCUACAUCAUAUGGAUGAUGAAGUGAUUAACCAUGGGUCAUUGGCUGAUGAUGAACGUGAAGAGAUGAAUAUAGAGAAUAGUAUACACGCUCAAAGGAUAAGUAUAUCACCAUCACCUCAACCAGUUCCACCUCCACUCCCACGAAGAUCUAAUACUACACUUCGACAAUUUUCAACCAAUUCCUUAAAGAGUCAAUUGAAAAGGUUAUCAUUGAAUGGUCAGUCUGGUAGCAGACUAUCAUUGUCAUCUAUGAGACCAAGAUCCACCAUCUCACAAUAUGCAUACUCAUCUCCUGAAGAUGAUAACUAUACAACGAUAUCAACCACAAGAAGCUCAUCGAUAGGGGAAGAUAUAUAUAGCAUGGAACAAGAAAAUGAGGAGGGAAAACUACAAAGGACCCCUUAUUGGAAGUAUCACGUUCUUAAAUUCGGAAGAAAUCUUUAUCUUACCACCAAUCCUGAUUUGAAACAUGUAUAUUGUCGUAACGGGCCCGGCUUCUAUGUAGAAGUUAUUUCCAACCAAGAAUCGGACGGGGUUCUGUUACUUUUUAGAGAAAUACAAGGAGUGGAACAUCCACCAUUUAUGGUAAUUCUGAAAUUUGGAGAUGAAUUCACCAUUGAUGGCGUUGGCGAAGCCAUUCUGCAACCAUUAUAUCAAAGAAAUCAAGAACCAACAGAAUUAAGUUUGGUAAAUUACGAAUUCAAGUACCAGGGAAAUACAUGGAACAUUGGAUCAAUUCCAAGGACGCGUGUGAGUAAAAUGAGGAAACUUCGUGGUAGAGAGGAUGAAGUGAAAUAUAUUGGGAAAAGGAAUAUCUAUUUUUAUCGGAAACCUGGGAAUCGAAAUUCCAUUCAACAAGACCCACCGGGAGGAAUUUUAGGUUUAUUCAGACCAUAUGAAGAAAAAAUGAAAAAGAAACUAUUAAGAACAGCCAGGAAUAUCCACGGCUCUAAAGGAUUACAUAACUCUAACAACAACAACUCUCAAUUCCAAUUGCAAGAACAGGCCACCAUGCAGAAAGAUGCAGAGUAUGAUCUCGCAAUUGGAACAAAUGUACGCAAAUUCUUUAAUACCGGUGAUGGACUCUAUGGAGGACCCAAUCCAACCGAUGAUACCCCUAAUGAUAAUAAGCUUGGAUGGAUUACCGUUUAUGAAAAUGAAAUGUUACAAGGAAUGGCUGAAAAUAACCCCUUGUUCGCCUUGGUAGUUGGUUUAACCUUGGCAGUGGGGAUGGACCAUUCAUAGGGUUGUUUAAUAUGUUGCGCUGCAUUACGCUCAAUUAGGAAAAAAUUUAAAGGAAAUCAAUUAUGCAAGGUGCGUCAUAUAAAUGAAAAUAGAAAAAUUACAAAGAACAAUGGGAAAUGGAAAUGUAAAUAGAAACUGAGGGUUUAAUGGCAUUUUCAACAUUAUUCGGUGAAUACACGGAUGUAAGUUCAUUAAAUCCGAGGACCGAGCCAAUUAUAGAGUAAUAUACAUGUAUAUGUAAAUACCCUACAUGCAACUUUAAAU